AUGAAGCCUCCGACUAGAGCACACUCUGCCGGACGAGUGGGUCCUAUUGGCUUGGCAGAUAAAAAGAGUUUGGGAUGUCCGACAAGGAGGCUCUCGCGACAUCCGACGGGAGAUCAAGACUCACGGCAUCGAAUGGAUGAGCCUCACUUGCGGGCGGCAAGUGUGUUUGCUGAUACAGAUGCAGUGGAGUCAGUGUCAGUGCUGGAGGGAGAUUCAGUCGCUCUAGACUCUGGUUUUACUGAAAUGAUGGAUGAUGAUCUGAUUCUGUGGAGGUUUGGAGCUGAAAACACUUUAAUAGCUCAAAUCAAUGUAAUGGCCGGCACUAGUCUGCCUGUUCCUGUCAUCAGCAGUAACUCUUCACAAUGUUCUUCAUCAUCAUCAUCAUCAUCAUCAUCAUCAUGUUCAUUGUUGUGUUCAGUGGUGAAUGUGGGUCAUGUGACUCUCUCCUGGUACAAAGGAAACAGUUUAUUGUCCAGCAUCAGUGUGUCUGAUCUCAGCAUCAGUCUCUCUCUACCUCUGGAGGUGGAAUAUCAGGAUAACAACACCUACAGCUGUGUGCUCAACAAUCCCAUCAGCAACCAGACCAGACACCUGGACAUCAGUCAACUCUGUCACACAUGUUCAGAAGUUCACAUCAGUUGUUGUGAUUCUGCUGAAGCUGUGAUCCGAUUGGUCGUCACUGCUCUGAUGGGCGUGGCUGCUGCAGCUGCUGUUGUUCUUCUGGUCAAUGACGUCAGAUCUACAAGAGCUUAAAAGAAAACAGAACAGAUCAAAGAUAUUGUGACAUAUACUGUGACAUAUACAAUUGUUUAGUGAUUUCAAAACGAAGCUUUGCUCUCCAUCAAGUGAAUGUCUCUUUA